AUGGACUCUUUUGAUGAUGACGAUGAUCAGCUGAAUCAACAACGACAGAGUAGUGUAUUGGAUAGUGUCAAUAUAAGUGAUCUAAAGGUUGUGGAUGAUGCUGUGAACAGUAAUAUAUCUGUCAAUAAGUUUAUAGAGACAUAUAAUGAUGAGACUCAGAUAUACUAUAUGAUCUAUACAUUCAAGAACACAUCAACAUCACCUGUAUUCAUAUGGAUUGGUGAGAGUGCAUCUUCACCAUCAAUCAAUGCAUUGCUUGUAUCAAUGAAGAUACCAAUGGACAAUGUACCAGCUGUAUCACACUUACUAUACAAUUCCAGCGAUAACAAUUCACAAUCAAUUAUAAAGAGAAUAGUGAUCAAGUAUAACACACAAGCAUUCCUAAGUUAUAACAUUGGACAAGAUAUUAUUGAAAAGAACAUCUUUGUUGAGAGGAAGUUGUUUGAACAUCUGAAACAACUGUUACCUCAACCAGUAAAUACACAGACA